GUUCUGUUCGCCGCUUGCCCUACACCUACAGUGGCAGACCCCAUUGUAAUAGAUUCUGUUCCCCCCAAUGGCAAUUCUGAUUAUACUGUUGGAUGGUCAGGAUGCUCGGGAGAGGCCACAUUGUGUGGCUUCAAGACCAUGAUGUUGCAAUCGCUAUGGGAAUAUGGACUUCCCAAUCUGUACGCAUGUCAAAUGUAUGAGAAUCGACGAUGAUACCAGUGAAAUGGAUCCAUAGACCAUCCAAACCUCAAGCUCGCUAUCCUACUAAUCAGUCUUCUACUCCUUUACAGCCAUCACCCCUUCCAUCCAGUCGGCUGUUGCUCGAUGAAGGUGCGGACCUCAACGAAUGGUUCGAGAGGGGAGAGGUAGUGGGUGGUCCCGGAACAGCGUUGCAUGUGGCAACGGAGAAAGGUAGAUUGGGGACCGUGAAGUGGUUGCUGAGGCAUGGCGCAGAUAAGGGUUUGAGGACUAUCGAGGGGAAAACGGCGAGGGAUGUCUGUCCCAGAGAUGGGUACGGGCAGUUGAAGGAGCUGCUCGCCUGAGCGGGAUGUUGAAGUUUGGUGAGUGAAUUGGGGGGCGAGUGCCCGGUGAUCCAGUGAUGUAGGACUCUUUACUGAAGAUGAACGAAAAGAGAUAUAAACAUAGAAUGGAUGUGGCAAGAAAUGACCUUAGGAGACUUGUGAGGGAAUAAUAAAGAAUGCAGAGAAGAAGUGCUAACAGAUCUCGGCAAAAUCGCCAGUGAUUACGUGAAUCCCAC